AUGCACCUGCCGGGCUGCGCCCCAGCCAUGGCCGACGGCAGCUUCUCGCUCGCCGGCCACCUGCUCCGCAGCCCCGGCGGGAGCACCUCACGGCUGCACAGCAUCGAAGCCAUCCUGGGAUUUACUAAGGACGACGGGGUCCUCGGCUCCUUCCCGGAGGAGCGGGCCGCCCGGGGCACCAAGGAGCGAGAUAGGAGGCUGGGCGCGCGGCCCGUCGGCCCCAAGGCGCCUGCCGGAGGGGCCGAACCGUCCCCACCGCCCGCCCCGGCGCCAGCCCCGGAGUACGAAGCGCCCCGCCCCUACUGCCCCAAGGAGACCGGGGAGGCUCGGCCGAGCCCUGGGCUGCCUGGAGGACCGUCCGCCCCCGGCGACUCGAAGCUGUCGGAGGAGGAGCAGCCCAAAAAGAAGCAUCGGCGGAACCGCACGACCUUCACCACGUACCAGCUGCACGAACUGGAGCGCGCGUUCGAGAAGUCGCACUACCCCGACGUGUACAGUCGCGAGGAGCUGGCGGGCAAAGUCAACUUACCCGAGGUCCGAGUCCAGGUGUGGUUCCAGAACCGACGCGCCAAGUGGCGGCGGCAGGAGAAGCUGGAGGUGUCGUCCAUGAAGCUCCAGGACUCGCCCCUGCUCUCCUUCAGCCGCUCCCCGCCCGCCGCGGCCCUGGCGCCCCUCGGAGCGGGCACGGCGGGCGGCGGCGGCGGGCCGGCGGGGGGCGCCCUGCCGCUCGAGUCGUGGCUCGGGCCGCCGCUCCCGGCCGGGGGCGCCACGGCGCUGCAGAGCCUACCGGGCUUUGGGCCGCCGGCGCAGAGCCUGCCCGCCAGCUACACGCCGCCUCCGCCGCCGCCGCCCUUCCUGAACUCCCCGCCGCUCGGCCCCGGCCUGCAGCCCCUCGGGCCGCCGCCGCCGCCGCCCGCCUACCCGUGCGGGCCCGGCUUCGGGGACAAGUUCCCGCUGGACGAGGCGGACCCGCGCAACAGCAGCAUCGCGGCGCUGCGCCUGAAGGCCAAGGAGCACAUCCAGGCCAUCGGGAAGCCGUGGCAGGCCCUCUAG